CCAAAUACACCGCGCUUUGUUUCUCAGGGUGCUUGUUUUAGAGGUUGCAUACAGUCAUCGCCAAAACGCAUGUGGUUGUUGUUUAUAACGUAACGCUUUUACAAUCAUUAAUCUUUGUUUCUGAAAUAUAUAGCCACAUACUGCCGAAAUGAAGCUGUUAACGCAUAACAUGUUAACAUCCCACGUGAAAGGCGUGACUAAAGGAUACCCACUUAUUAUCAAGGCAACAGAAGUGAAAGUGAAUGAGCUGGAGUUCAACUCUCAGUUUGUGAGCCGAAUGAUUCCUAAGCUGGAGUGGAGCGCAUUGAUCCAGGCAGCAGAAUGGCUUGGACAUUCUCAAGACCUGCCCAGCACUCUCAUACCAGACUAUGAAAACGAUGAGGAGUUCCUGCGUAAAGUUCACAGAAUACUUCUGGAGGUCGAGGUUUUAGAGGGAUGUUUACAGUGUCCUGAAUCUGGCAGAGAGUUCCCAAUCUCCAAAGGUGUUCCCAACAUGUUACUCAAUGAAGGCGAGUAGAUCAAGCUGCUACACGUGUCCCAGAAGAAAAGAUACUGAAUAUCAGAUCCACAUAUUUGGGGUGGCAUUUUAUUCAAAGGAUAAUGGAGAGAAACAUAAGACCAUAAUUCGCAAGUUAUUCUGAUUUAUACAGUCAUGUUCAGCUAACAUGUGGUUGCUUUGCAUAUGGUUGCUAUUGACUUUUUGUUGUUUCUGUCAUUGUAUAUUGUGCUUUGUAAAAUAUGACAUAAAUUUGUAUUGAUUAA